AAAACGUUUGAGGCAGCGUUCCGGUGUUAUGCCGAGAAACCUGUUAUGCCCGGAACCAGACGACAAUGGAGCAGACAGUACACUCAUGUGUGAGUUUUGUGGAUUUUUAUUUUGAAAUUGGCCUUCAAUAUAAGGAUAUUCAGUCUCUGCUUGCCAAAAAGCACGGGUGUCACAUCAGUGUGCGACAUUUAAAAAGAAUACUUAGUGCAAGGGGACACACUCGUCGCAACUAUUAUGCUGACUUGGCAAGUCUGGUGGAAUUCGUCAGGAGAGAACUUCAGUCCUCUGGACAGCUUCACGGAUAUCGGUGGAUGUAUGCUAAAUGCAGGCAACAUGGACUUCGUGUAAGAAAGGAGGAUGUCCGUCUGAUCAUGAGAGAAUUAGAUCCAGCCGGAGUGUCCUCAAGGCAAGCCAGACGUCUUCAAAGAAGAAACUACUUCUCAAAGGGUCCGAACUUCAUUUGGCACAUUGACUCUUAUGAUAAACUGAAGCCAUUUGGCUUUUGUAUUAACGGAAGCAUAGAUGGAUUUUCACGAAAGAUUAUCUGGCUCAAUGCAUACACCACAAAUAGUGAUCCCAAGUUGAUAGGAGGAUAUUACACGGAAGCAGUAAAGCGUUUGGGAGGGUGUCCGAGAGUUGUUAGAGGGGAUCUAGGUACAGAAAAUGUUUAUGUCAGAGACUUCCAGAGAUACCUCAUUCCCACUCAGCCCAACGACCCUCUGGAAAGUUACCUCGAAGGAGCAAGCACUGCAAAUCAAAGGAUUGAAUAUUGGUGGCGCUUUCUGCGUACGGAGUGUAUGGAGUUCUGGCUGUCCUUGUUUGCUGACAUCAGAGACAAUGGAUUCUUUGAUGGGGGAUUUCUGGACAAAAGCAUUCUACAGUUUUGCUGUAUGGGACUCAUACAGGAUGAGCUGGAUGACACAGCACAAGUGUGGAACACACACCACAUCAGGCCAUCCAAAAACUUGCAAGUUCCCAGCGGUCGGCCCAAUGUGAUGUAUGCUCUACCUGAAUUGUACAGUACUACAGACUUCCUCACUCCUGUUCAAGUUGAACAUAUUCAACUGUGUGCAGGUGCAUGCACCUUUCGGCAGACCAUACCAUGUGAUUCAGCUGUGUAUGACAUUUGCAAUGUUUUAAUGGCAGAGUAUGGCCUGAUGACACCAUCAGAUCCAUAUGAUUCUGUGAAACUGUACAUGUUACUGAGAGAUGCCAUUAGAGCAUUACUGUGAGUAUUGACUGGAAAGAGCCUGCUAUGUUAGUAGGGUUCCAAAUGUAUGAAAGUAAUCUGGUUGUUUUCUAUUAUCAGACAUUAACAUGCAUUCUAACUGUUAAACUUGAAAAUCAUCUGACAGUUGUUUUUUUUGUUGCCUUUCUAAUGUAAUAAAUUGAAGCAGAAAAAUAAAUGUUCCUCUCCAUUUAAGAAGUCCUGAUUGGAUUUAAUUUUUCAAAAUGCAGAAGUCAACACGCACACAGUUAAAUUACUUUUCACAGCUGUGGCUAAAUCAAAUGACUAAGAAAGUCCUGAAAAUACAAUUCAUCAUUUACAUAAAGCACUGGAAACAAAUUGCAUAAUUGUGUAAACAUUUAUUGUGAACAUUGACAGGAAAUCCAAACAUGUAUCAAAAAUAUAAUCAUUGCAAGACAAAUGUUACAAAUAUUACUUCAUUUUUAAGAAUAACUUGAAACAUUUUUGAAACAUUUCCAAUACAGCAACAAACAAAACCAAAAAAACACCACAACGAUCACCAGAAAAUCGAAGUUGGUGGAUGUUACAAACCCUCUGAAUUUUGUUGUAUUUUAAGUGUUGUUCUCUUUACUUCAUUGCAUUAUUCAACCAUCUAAAUAAACAUUCUGAAUUUCUAAACCUACUCGGAUAAAGACAAAAAUACAGCAACCGUACUGCUCAAAUAUUAGCAGGAACUAUUACAUAAAAUUGUCAACAUUACAAGAAAACUGGGAAUUGUUUGCUCUUUAGUUUAAUUCUUAAACACACCCUUUACCAUUGGAUCGCUUUAGAACUUUUUAAAAGCAACACAUCUUUUAAACCAGUGUUAACAUCUUAUGUUGUCAACAUUGUGCAACGGAAAAGAAAGGGUAAAAAUGAAUGUAUUUUGAUGAAUUAGUCAAACUCUGAAUUUGGUUUUAUUGCAACCAUUUUUCUGUAAACACCUGGACUAUUAAAACAUCUAAAAAUUGAAUCUGAGUGUCAGAACUUGAUUAAAACAUAUGUGAAAACUAACUACUGGUCUAAUCGCAACAGGCGGUUAUGACAAUUCUGGAAAUUAUACAAAAUUGGAAAUUGUUUACCCUUUGGUUUUUCAUGCUAACAAACCUUUUGACACUGCACAGCUUUUAAGCAUUGAAAAUACAAUACCACUAACAAUCACACAGCAUCAUGAACAUGAUAUAUAAUACAGAAUAAUAGUGUUUAUUUUAGCAAAGAUGUCAACUACCUUUAAAAGCUUAAAUAAUAUCCAUCAACAUGAAAUUGCUUCCCAAGAUACUGUCAAACUCUGUUCUAAAUUCCGGGUAGGAACUGUAAGUAUAAGGCACAUCAAUGAUUGCUCCACAUGUGUGUGCAACAGGUCUUCUCCCAAAACCUGUUUCAGCAUUAAAUGUCACCUUAAUUUCUUCGGUGCAUAAAACGGAGGACCCUGUGCAAAAUCGCAAGAAUUUCUCUAGUUUGCGCUGAUCUGCAUUCCUAAUGUACCUUUGCAAGUAAGUGAAUGUUGUCUGCUCUUUCUGUGACAGGGACAAAGACUCUGUUUGCAGCAUGUUAACAACUUUUUUGUUUGUUGCUUUUUUGGACUCAUAUAAAUGAAGGACAUCAGCUGGAUGAGACAGAUUUAAUGCAAUGUCUUUGAAAAUUUCAUUAAAGCAAUCUAUGAUAUACUUUGGUUCUUGUAAUAUGACUUUAUGAGCCAUGACUUGUAUUGCUUGCUUGAUAUUUUCCUGACAUGGAAUGCUGUGAGCCCCCAUCUGUGAAAACAGAUCCAACAAAUUGUCCUCCUCAUCCUCUUCCAGUACACCAUUGAGAGCCUUCUCUGUGGUACUUCGCUCGCUCUCCGACAAAUACAUAGAAAAGGAGGACAUCAAAACUUCAUCUUCUACUGCUUGAAGACCAAGUACAGAGGCAACUAUGAAUGCCUUGGACAACCUGACUGGAAAUAUGCCAUGAUCAAUGAGUCCUUUAGCCCAAAUUCGGCCUAGUGCAUACCACCUCUCUUUCGAAAAGUCUGGUCUGAGUUUUGGCACCCUCUCCUCCUCCCCUUCACAGAGCUCCAAGAACUGCUCCCAGAAAGCUGUAUACACAUCUCUUGACACUCCACUGUUGUCCACAGCCAUUUCAUUAUUAAAUUCCAUGUUUAAUUCCGAUUCCAUUAUACUUUUGUCCAUGAACAAAUUAAGAAGGUCAUCUAUGACCAUGGCACGCCGGAUAUAUGCAUACCUUGGGUCUUUGGGAUGUACUACACCUCCAGUAGAAGACGGUAAUGCAUCAUUUUCUGUUGAAGGG